AAAAAGCCGGUUCACCGCCAUUUUUGCCGAAGAACUUGUGAACGUCGGAUAUUUGUCAUCAAGUGAACGCGGCGGCCGCAACAGCAAUGAGGAAAAUAUUGUUAGCCACAACCCUGCUAUCGAUAGUGAUGUGUGAAAAUAUUUUAUUAGAAAAUCAUCCGAGAUCAAAGGAAUUAUGGAUUCGCAACAAUCAAUUCUGGAGCAAGAAACUGAAACAAGCACCACAAAACGACUUUUCUUCCAAACUAGAAGAAUUUUUAAAUCGCAACGAUGACAAACAGCUUUCUCGAAUGUUAGAGACGCGAUUCAUUAGCGAGCCAAGAAAAUUUCCAGUAACAAUUAUUAGGCGAUCUGAUUCAACGCAGUUUUCACAAGACGAUUUAUUACCUUUUGACAAGUCAAAAUUAAAACGAAUUAAACCGGCAAUCUUAAUUUCUAUUGGCAUACAAGAAGAAGAAACAAAAGCUGGUGACAGUUCGAAGGAAGACUGCUCGAUGAAGAAAGGUCAUCGCAAACACAAUCACAGCUGGCAGAUUCAGAAACCGUUUUAUGUCGAAGAACCGAAAUGGAUCUCGAUAGAUCCCGAAUACAUAGACGGUACGACUCGACGUCUGGACGAUGCCGAUCCUUACAUAUUGUCGCGAGGCAAGAAGAUUUUCAGACUCAAAGAUCCGAAACAAAUGGACAAACUAAUCGAGGAUAACGAAGAAUUUUUCGAUUAUCUGAGCAGAAACAAACGAUCGUCCACGAAAUAUCGAGCGAAAAGAUUCGUUGAGACGAGUGAGAACUUUCGGAGCAACGCGGUUGACCAAAAAAACAAUCGAAAAGAGAAGAUAAAUCACUAUGGCUUUUUUCAAAGUAUCGAUCACGGUACAAAACGUAAGAAAGAUAACUUUGCCAAUAACACGAAUAAACGUAAUAAACGAUCAACGUCAUUGAAAAGCAAACAAUUUUCUGAGGCCUAUGAGAAAAACAGAACUUACGAACUCGACUCGAUGAAGUCCGAGGAAGGUGUCAAAAGGAACGAAACAUACGUGUUCGAACAAAUGAUGGAAAAAAUUUACGAUAAGCUGGACGAUUUACGUAACGCGUACGAUGACUCUUUUAUUUUGUCCCACGGGAAACACACAUUUGACAACAGAACAGAAAACUUGAAUAAAAAAUCUGCAAGUUACAGAGAAUCCACUUAUGAAAAACCGUGGAAAAAUACGUAUUCCGAAACAUCGGAGAGCAAGAGAGAAAACAAAAACAAAAGGUCCAUAUUGGAAAUUGAAAAAAGCACCACUGAAAAGACAGAUUCGCAAUUAACACACAUAAGUGCGAAAAUCUCGGGAAAAAAUAUUGAUCCGAAUCAUCGGGAGAAGCGUGACGCUUGCAAGAGUCCGGUCUGCAAGACCGAACCGCAGCUGCCGGAUCAGUGGCUGCUGAAGAGUUUCGGAGAGGAGAUUCAAGACACGCUGGCCUUAGAGAGAAGGGACAAGACUAGCGAGUUCCUGAACAAACUGAUCGAGCCUUCGUUCGUCAUUUCCCGCGGAAAGAAAGCAUCGAAAUUUGAAAACGAUCCCUACUCGAUGUUUCAGUCACGUAAUAAUAUCAAAAUGAUGAGAUUUCCGCUAGCGAGAAGUCUUUUGCAAAUGUUGCUGAUGAAGAGGUGUAAUAACAGCAACGAAUGUGACAUUGAUGCGAGCAAAUUAGUAGACAGGAGAGACCGGCGUGGUGCACUCGAUGACAUUUUCGCAGAAGAGGAACCCUUCUACGUAGGUAGGGGAAAGCGGAUGAAGCUAGAUAGUUUUCUGAGACAGCCGCUGCAAAGAAAGAACAUCAAUUCACUCGAAAGGGAUGUGAAACAAUAAGGUUAGGGAAUUGAAAAUGCGCAAAAUAUUUCCAAUUUAUGUAACACACUGUAUACGAGAUACAAGAUGUUGUAUCAAAAAUAUCUUUUGUCAUGGUAACGCGCUAUAUUUUGGUUAUAAUGCAAAUACGGUAAUCUGUAUUUUUAACAAAAUGAAUAUAAUGUGUAUACUGUAAAACGUAAACAUUUUUGGGAGAAACUCUUUUUAUAAUCUCUUCAAUUUAAAGUUGUAUAAUUCACAGUUUAUAUUAAUUGCUUUAAUAUAUUUUGUACAAAGCUUGGAAAAUAUAACCUAUGUAGAAAUAAAGUUUUCGAGACGAGAAUCCAGUUGAAAAUCAUGUAUUAUAGAUAUUUUUAUGUUCUAUGAUGUAUAAUACAAUAUUUACUUAAGAAGAAUUAUGUAAA